AUGAAGUUCUGGACGGCGGACUCGGAGGAUCUUGUGGUGGACAUGGUGGAGUGUGAAGUGUGCCAGCGCUGGAUCCCCUCGAAAAACGCGGCCAUUCACAGUCUCUAUCAUGCACAUCAGCCAAUACGAAUCCAAACGGAUGAUAAUGGCGACAGCGGCCUUCCUUCCUUCGUCAUGCAGACCAUUCCUUGCGAGGAUUGUAGGGUGUUAGUUCCCAGAGGUAACUGGGAAAUUCAUCGAGCUCAUGUCUGUCGAGGGAGACAACAAGCGGGACAAGUUUACAAUAACCAUCCUGCCCAAGAAGAACAAGAGGAACCACAGUCGCCCAAUGACAAUCCACCCGUAGUCGUGACAAUGGAGACAGUGGAAUGCUCCGCCUGUGGCAUCCUGGUUCCCAUUCACAACUUGGAAUUGCACGAGACGCGAGCUUGCUCGGCGCUCCAUACAGUACCACCGACGGGAACUGCUAAUUUGGACACGACGUCAGAUACGAAUGGUGGCUGCAGCUUCCCUUUAAUUGAUGACAAGGACGAAGAAGUAGAAGGAUGGAAAUGUCCCCGUUGUACUUUUCAGAACAACAACACCACAGCCAAUCAAGAAAAAUGUUCCAUGUGCGAGUACCAGCUAGUAUCAGCGACAGAAAGUAGUAACCACAAUCCGCAGAAAGAUUCACCGCCAUCCGAAGAAUCCGAAAAAGAGGGAUGGAUGUUUUGGAAAAGCGUGGUCAAGGAUUGGGUCCCGGUGGAGUAUCAUCAGCUCCUGCCGGAACAUCUAGUGCCAGAACGCGAAAGAAAGAAACGAAAGAAAAAGAGAGGCAAGAGACUGCCACGACAAAAUAAUAGUUCGGAACCUCCUCCUUCUCGCCAAGAAAUACGACAGUGUCGUUCCGUCUAUUUGGAUUGGCUGGAGAGGGAACGGCGGCAGUACGUGCAAUUGUUGGAGACAACUCGUCAACAGUAUCUUUGCUUGAAGCAGCAGCAGCAGCAGCAGCAGCAGCAGCAGCAGGAACCCUCUCAUGAGGACGAGCCAAUGGAACGAUUGAGAAAGCCUUCAGAUGACGACAAAGACGAAGCAUCCAGACUGCCACAAUCCAUCACGCCCCCAACCCAGUUAGAGUUACUGCAAGCCACGGAACAGCUGUGCCUGCACCAUUUGGAAUAUCUUCGAAGGACACGUGUGAUUCAACAAUUGAAACAGGAUAUUGAGCUCUUGGGACUUCCUCGUUGGAAACAUCAUUUACACCAUUUGCUCGACUUGUACCAAUCCGCCUCCGAACUGUACGUGGACAAUAUCAUCUGGGAGCUACGCAUGCAGUUCAUGCGGUACGCCGUGCUGGAAAUCAUGGCCAUGUUGGAAUUGGCCAUUUGGAGCGCACAGAUUCAAUCCAUGGUGGCGAGCCUGGGGCAACCCAUGGAUGGCGGGGAAGCAAGGAGGGCGUGUCGAAACAGUCGUGAUAUCAGUAUCAUUUGCCAGUCGGUCAUGCCAUUCUUGGGACGACCACAAACUCCAGCGUUGCGUGGACUGUAA